CCUGCAAUGUAAUGGGGGGAAAAAGGACUGUAAGUGAAAGGGGUAACAGAGGGGCAAUGAGUCUAAACAGGUCUCGGAGAUGUCUACCGAAACACCAUAUUUCUAAAGUUCUUCCACAGUAUGUAUAGAUAUAUUUAGUUUUCAAAGGGCAGUUUUAAUUAUUUUGUACAUUUGUAAAAGCUAUUCUAUUUAUUUUUUUAUUAUAAAAAUAAAAUAAAAAAAGUUUCAUCUGUCCAUCUGAACAAACAAUAAAACAAACCAAAACCGGUUUGACUACAUAUUAUUCUGCAUACCAUACCACUUCAAUGAUGUUGCAUCCUUUGAGCAAAUUAAUGAGCUAUUACUAAGUUGACUAAUUUGUCUAACAUCCAGAAGAGCUCUCCUGGAUGUGCUAUACCAUACUGGUGCCCUUAAAUGAUGCUAGGGCCAAAGAUGAGGAUGAGGAUGAUGAUGCCUUGUUAGGAGGGUUUAUUUUUGGUUUAUCAGACAUUGCUUUGGAUGAACCACUUGGGGAGUUUUCUGCCCCGGGCUUAGACAGAUCAGAAACCAGUUUCCCAGUCCUUAGAAAGAGAUGGAGAUCAAAUGAGAGAGAGAGGACAGAGAGAGCUGAAGCUCCUCUUCCAUCAGAUAAUUCUGCUGCUGUCUCGGGUCAGGAUGCAAAGGAGAAACCGAGAGUUCAAAUCGUAGGAUGUGUCAAUAAACCAGCCAUUUAAAGUACGCAAAGAGCAGGGACCUCCGGAGAAAAAUACCGUUUGGGCCUGCUAAUUGGAAACAAAAGAGGAAGGCGGCACUCUAGAAGCACACUCAUCAAUGUCAUCCAUGUGCUUCCGAGGAAGAAGAAGGGCCUCAUGGGACACUAUAAUGCAGGGUUAAAAUGGUCUUGGACGCUGAUGUGUCACCACGACUUGGAGUUUUCAACCCUGGACAUGGAUAAAUCACAUGCAUUUACGAUGGUGGACACACACACUCAGAUGCAGGCGUUACAUUUUUGUGUGUAAACCUCUGAAAACUGGCACAUUACCAUGUGGAUAUCCAAACCUACAAUAAUCACGUGAUUCUGACUUGGGAAACCAAUAUUUUCUGCUCUUUUUUUUGUUUUGUUUUGCCCAAAGCAUCACCUUGGGCUGGAGAAUGAGCUCUCAUUUAGGGCACAAGACAUCAAGAGCUCUGUUUUUAUAGUUUGCAUUCAAAAUUGCUGUCUUUCCUUAGACAGACUGUCCCAGGGGGAAUCAGGACUCCCAUUGAGAUUGCAAGAAAGUCAUAUUUUCUUUUUAUUUUCUUUAGUUUGUUUCAUACCAUUGUUUCAUGGUUAAAAUCAUCUUAUCUUUACUUUUUGAAGCCUUGACAUCAUGCUUACAUGCACUUAUCUGCUGUGAUGCUAUGAGAGAUAUGAAAUUGGUCUCUCAGCGAGUACCGUAUGAAUGCCUGUACUCAAACUGCUGCUUCCCUUGAGCUGUUCUCUGUGUAACAUGUGGCUUACUGGAGAUUUGCACUAAAAGAGCUUUGCUGUCACUUGAUUUUCUUUUUAUCAACCAAAUCUUGUUACAUUCAAGCCAUAUGAACUUAUUUUUGAUGAAACUAGAGCUAUUUUUAUAUUCACCGUACAGUCAUAGUAUCACAUAUUAUGUAUAUAUAUAAAUGUCAUCUAUUUUUUAUGUAUUGGCACAGACAUCUACAGAGAGGCACCUGCACUAUUUUAUGUUUCAUUUUGAAAGAAAUACGCUAUAUACGCUAAAUCCUGUGUAUAUACACUAUGUUUUGCAACAUCUGUUAUAGUUGACAUGGAUACACUCUAUUCUUACUCUCUGAGCCCUCCUGCCUUCCCUCUGGUUUUGUGACACCUUCAAAUGCCUGUGGGUCUUAGUGUGGGCGGGGCUCUCAGAGACCCCUCCCCAUCUCGACUGUUCCACCCCAGUCGCUACGUGCCUGUGUCUGCAGCAACAGCCUUCCUUGUUGGGGCCACAACUCUGUUUCUCUGUUUUACGUGUCCUUGGCUAUCAGAGCGUUUCUCUUCUUCCAUUCUGCUUUAUAAUGUUGUGGUCUUCCUCCUCACAUUGGCCAAUUUCUGUAUGGCCACAUUCAUGGACCCGGGCAUCUUUCCCAGAGCUGAGGAAGACGAGGAUAAAGAGGAUGAUUUCCGUGCUCCACUUUAUAAGACGGUGGAGGUGAGAGGCAUUCAGGUGCGGAUGAAGUGGUGUUCCACGUGUCGCUUUUACAGACCACCUCGCUGUUCACACUGCUCCGUUUGUGACAACUGUGUGGAGGAAUUUGACCAUCACUGCCCAUGGGUGAACAACUGCAUUGGCAGGCGGAACUAUCGUUAUUUCUUUCUGUUCCUGCUUUCUCUCACAACACACAUAAUGGAUGUGUUUGGCUUCAGUCUGCUCUACAUCCUCCAUCACUCUAAACAACUGGACCAAGUCAACUCUGGAGUCACUAUGGCAGUGAUGUGUGUAGCUGGUUUGUUCUUCGUCCCGGUUGCGGGACUCACUGGGUUCCACGUUGUUCUUGUAGCCAGGGGGAGAACCACCAAUGAACAGGUGACUGGGAAGUUCAGAGGCGGCGUUAACCCUUUCACGCACGGAUGUUUCAAAAACAUUGCACACGUGCUUUGUAGUUCACAGGCUCCCAGGUAUCUUGGUCGGUUGCGAAAGACUCAUUCUGUCCAGGUUCAGCCGCCGUUUCUGCGUCCCCCUCUAUAUGAAGCCCAGCUAGCAGCUAAAGUCCUGGAUAACGGCAUCCAGCAGUCUAAAAGUAGUCUGGAGAUAAUGGAGAGCCAGUCCACUGAUGCUGAUCCCCCUCCACCACCCAAACCAGAGCACAGAUACCCAGGACUGCCUCACACACAGAAUGAAGAGUGCAGCUUGCUGACAGAGGCUCCGCCCACACCUUCAUUGUAUAAAUACAGGCCGGCUUACAGCAGCCCAGGAGAAAACCACACAGCAUCGACACAUUCCAGCAAGAUGAGUCGAGGGAAGAGUUUGACCGAGUCUCCCUCAGUCGCUAUCACAACCGGCCAGCCCAGCUACCUCUCAGACCCUAGUUUUUCAAGCCAGGGGGGUGCAGGGUGCCAUGGGGGAGGGGAGGGGGCUAGAGCAGGCUCGGGGGGGCUGGGUGGGGCCUCUGCGUUUGCUGGGCGUUCUUAUCCUUCUUUUACUGAUACCCUCCUCCAAUCCGCAGCAGUCUCUUGCUCCUCCAGCCUCCGCUCCGCCCAUACGGCUCACAACACCCUCGGGCCACUUAUUUCUGAGGGCACGACCUCCACUAGUUAUAAGAGUUUAGCCAAUCAGACGCGCAAUGGCAGCCUGUCUUACGAAAGUCUGCUGACACCCUCCGAAAGCCCAGAGUUUGAGUCUGCUGCUCAUGAGCUGUCCCUGCCCAGACCACACCCUCCGAACUCUCUUAGCACAGCACCAGGGGCUCCACCUAUUUUAGGGUACACUUCCCCUUUCCUGUCUGCUCAGCAGAGGGAGGGGUCUCUCCAGGCCUGCCCUGCCCCUCUUAGACCUUCCCCUAAUAGAUCUUUCCAGCGCCCAACAAGCUCACCCCCUUCUCGGGCUCCACCCCUUUCUCCUUGUGCUGGCUCAUUGGGCUCCCCUCCUACUGGCCCUGCCCCUGACCAUAAACCUUUGGGCAAAUCACUGUCCUACGCGGGUGGUGCCGAAUUACAACACCGCCCAGCUAGCUCAGGGGGCGGGACUCCAAUGCCGAACUCGACUCUUAGACAGAACGUGGCCAAUCAUAACACCCACUCACACAAACCUGCAGGAGGGGUGAAGAAAGUGACUGGUGUUGGAGGAACAACCUAUGAAAUUUCAGUAUGAAUGACUCAAACUUAAGAAUCAGGAUUCACUCAACAGUUUUCAACAUCGAUCAGACGGAUUCAGGGCUGCUCAACCACACAUGCAAAAAAGCAUACAAGACUUCAUCAGUCACUUUGGAGGACAUAAUCCACGAAAAUGGACCAGUGAAGAUGAGUCUUACGGCAUUUUGUUUUCUGAAUUUCAAUAUGGUACACAAAUCCCAACUUUUUUAGUUAUUCAAAGAAUUAUUUGGUACCAAUUUGUACACUGGACUGUUCAAUGAUCUCUGGACAUUCAGUCUUAAUAGGUGGCACCAUGUGAGGCACACGGUCAUGACUAAUGACUGAUGUCUCUUUGACUUCAACAGAGACCACAGGCCACACAACAGUCAACCAAUUAGCAUUUGAAACACUUACUAUAUGAAUCAUUUUCAGUCUUCAUAUUCCACAGCUUUCUUUGUUAGGCAGAAUGUUUACAUUGUUUACAUUUCCAUGCAAAGUGAAUGAGGACAGCCACUGUUAAGAUCCAAAAGUGACCUAUAGCACCUUGUGUGAUGUAUUCCAAGACGUCUGAAGCAAUGCCGUAACUUGUUAGAGGAACAGAGCGAAAUGUAAAUUGACUGAAUAUCUCCCCCUUCACCCCAGCUCUCAAAUCUCAAUGCCGUUCGGUAUCAUUAAUUUCAAACUUGGGAUGGCAUAACAUAUGACUUUGAUAACAAUUCAAGAAUAUAGGAAUAUAGAAUUUUCAUUUUUGAGUGAAAUAAUCCUUUUUAUCUCUUUUCUUUGGUCCAUGUUUUUUUUCAGAAUAUAAUUUUAUACAGGAACAGAUAUAUUAUUAUAAGUAUUAAGUUUGAUAAAGAAGAUAGUAAUAAUAAGAUGCAGGCUUAUGAUGUGUGAUUGUUAUUUAAGUGGUGUUUGUCUCUAUGUAAAUGGCUGCAUCAGCCAGAUGGAUUUUUCAGCUAAUGAGAUGAGUCUGAUCAUGGACCCUGUUCCUCUGAUAGCACACUUGGUAGGAGUGAAUGUAUCUAUAAAGACACACCAUUCAAGUUACUAGAGCACAAAAAUGUUUGGUGGAAGGUUUUUGUUAUCUUAAAUACUAAAGAUAUAAUAUGCAAAAUGUAACUUAAACAUUGACGUGUCCAAUCAAGAGCCGUACUCUCUUGGUAGAUGAUCGGCCAAUCACAUGAGAAUUUAUUUAUUCAGUCAGAGGAGGCCAGUUCUCUGGAUCCCUGCGAGUACAUGCUGGAUGCACAAUCAAGUAGAUGGUGACUUUGAAGCAUAAAUUAAUUCUUUUAUGUUGUUUUUCUUUUUCUCUUUCUGAACUUUUGUUAAAAUAAACAGCCAGAGUACAAGCAUAAUUCCAUUCAUUAUCUCCUCAUAGGUAUAUAAGGUUUAUUGUGUUUGUGUGAGUGAUUUGAAUGAGUGAGAGUGAAAUUAUGUUAACUCACCCGACUGAUCUAUAAGAACACAUUCCAACUAUAGUUUUGGUUCAGCUAAGAGGUUGCCUAUUUUUGGUUCACAUGUUUUGUCUGGCUUUUGAUGUUUAAGAACCAGCGAAUGGUCAGUGUAAGAUAUAAACAGCUUAAGAGACACAUGCGAGUGAUUUAUAUAUACAUAUAUAUAUGUCUUUUGACAUUUCCACCAUGGCCUUACGAUGCCUUUUUAACUGUAAUCAAGGGUUUGAGAAUGGUCAGUCUGCAUAUUGGCUGUGAGAGGUGAUGGCUAGAGGAGUGUUGUGUUGAGUUUUAGGAGAAGAAUGCAGACUCUUUUAACCCUUCCUUUAAUGCCACUGACUCUGAGUCACAUGAGCAACACAUUUUCAAAAGAAAAAUAAAUAAUACAAGAAAAAACACAAGCCGAGUUUCCUCAUUUCAAACCAUGAACAUGUGAAUGAAUGCAUUUAUGUUCCUUGCAGCAUCUUUAAGUUUUUAACUUAAAAGAAAAACACUUAAACCAUUAAAAACUUUAAAUACAAGGGUAUAUACCACUAGCACAAUUAUUAGUGUUAAUUUUAAUUAAUAGUAAUUGAAGGAGUAUUCCGGGUUUAACCCUUGUGCCAUCUUCGGGUCAUUUUAGUCUUUUUCAUUUUUGUUUUUUCUAUCAUUUUGGCUGUGUUAAUGCCAACGGCAUAAAUUUUGCCAGAGGUGCUUAUUUUGGGGGGAAUUUUGAUAUUUCAUCCUCAGUUCCUAUAAUACAUCUAUAAUACACUGUGUACACAAAAUAGUUACACUCAGGACCUUCAGGACAAAAAUUUCCCCAUUAAAACUGCAAUAUUUGAUCCCAGUGCCAUUAAAGCAUAAAAUCACGAAUUCUAUGACAUUAUGCUUUCAUUCAGGAGCCCUGGAUUCAAAAUUAAAAAUGUUAAUAUUUUCUACCAGAUGGUGCCAUUUUUAUCAUUUUGAGCCUAUGGAGCAAACACAUGCUUUUUUCCUAUUUUCUGUUUGUUGUAUUAUAGAGCACUGCAGGACAACUGAA